AUGAACUGCUGCGACCCGACCGACGCGCCGCGCAAGCGGGGCCGACCGCCCGGCGCCUGCCGCAAGCGCAGGUCCACCACCGCCCCAACAGCCCUCGCCACCCCCACUCCACCCACAGUGCUCUACCCGGCACCCAAGCGAGCCCGGGCCGAGCCUGGGUCCCUCCUGGUCCCGCCGCCUGUGCCCUUCGCCGGACCCCAGCCGGCAGCGGCGUCCACGCCACUUCCACAACAGGCCUGGGCCUCGCCAGCGGAUGACCCAACCGGGUUGUGGGAUGGAGCGCCGCAGGGGUCUGGCCAGCAGUCGUCGUCGCCGCCGCUGCCGCAGCAGGUUGCGACCACGGCGCCCGGCGGUGGUGGUGGAGGGCAGCCCGCCGAACCGGACGUGAUGCGGGCCAUUCUGCACGAGCUGCGCGAGAUGCGCUCGGCCUACACCACUCUCAGCGCGCAGGUGGCCGACCUCACCAAGCGCCAGACCACUACCGACCACCGCAUCGACGCGCUCCACCACCAUCACCACCACAACCACAACCAAUCGUCGCCGCAUCAGCUCCUCCACCAACACCUCCAAUCGCAGUUCGAAGGCGCCUCGGCGGCCAUGACGGCCUACUACGGCUCCGACGGAGGAAUAGGGCCGGCCAGGCGCCUGAGCGCCAGCUGGCAGGAGCUGGCCGACCUCUUCAACUCGGCGCCGUUCGUGUCGGUGGGGUCGCCGCCGCUCCCGUCGCCGCUGCCGUCGCCUUUCCCCUCGAGCCAGGGGCUCCUUACGCGCAUGUGGUCCAUGUCACAGCCCUCCAUGGCACCACCACCACCGGGCUAUUCGUCGUCUCCGCGCAGCGGCGACGGCGAGCAGAUCGUCGGGCGUUAG